AUGAAGUUGCUACUCUCCACCUCAAACAUCAUGGGCGGGUCCUCAAUCGUCCGCCGAGGACCCGUCAGCAAGUCAAAUACCGAACUGGUUUCGUCCUUGCGAGCGAACUUCGCCGACCAUAGAACUCCCGAUGCGCCACAAGCAAAUGGCAAUGGAAAUGCCGGAUCCGACGGCAAUGCUUCCAGGCCGAGCUACACGUCAUGGAUGAGGAAGACAGACGACGCAUUAGAGAUUCCCGCUCUGGACUUCGAGCACAGUGCUCUGCAGGAGGAGCGAGAAAACUACGAUAUCACAGCCAAACUGUUCUUUCUGCCUGGAGCCUCGAGAAAUACCCGCCAUGUACAAACGAAAGAGGCGAUAGACUUGGUCAAGAAGGAACUCCACGUAGAGUCGAUCGAUCUGCUAAUAGUCUGCUUUCCUGGCAUAUAUUUCGACGAGGAGGAAGACUGCCCGGACAAGAUCUCUACCCGAGGUCCUGUUGAAGCAGACCCGGAGCCAUUGGAAGGCCAAAUCGAGGCUUGGAAGACGUUGGAAGGUUUGAAGGAGCAAGGCGUCGUCGCCAGACUUGGCGUUGCUGAGUUUGGGAAGGAGCGACUUGAAACUUUCCUGGAGAAGGUGAAUGCGAAGCCAGACGUGGAUCAGAUCAAUCUUCGUGAUUGCUGCUCAGUGCCGAAGGACUUGAUGGCACUUGCGAAAAGCAAGAGCGUGGAGUUGUUGGUGCACAAUGAUUGCUCCAACAUUCUACCCCGAGGCACAACUCGUGAACUGCUUGGGCCUGGCCCAUCUGGAGCUGGCGUGCUGGCGCCACCUAGCAAGGCCGGUGACAAGCGUAAGAGCUUGCACGGCGAAGAGGCUAUCAACGGCACCACUUCCGACAUUCUUGUCGGCGAUGUUCAGCCUCAAUGGGUCAUCAAAUACACCGCUGUGGUGAGAAACCGUGGCGUAGUGGAAAACAAGGGCUACUUCGCUGUUGCAGAAUUGUCGCAAGAGUGA